AUGAGUAAUGAAGCCCAGCCACCCGCAAUACCGUCUAGCGACCCCUAUUUUAACCUGGGAACAUUCGGUCGCAAAGUGAGCACAACUUCCAAGGAAGCUCAAAUAUGGUUUGACAGGGCCUUGGUCUGGACCUAUUGCUUUAAUCACGAUGAGGCAAUCGAAUGCUAUAAACAGACCUGGGCGCUUUUCGACGGACUAGAUCGAACCAAGGCUAUCCAGCGAUGCUAUGAAUUUUCUAAACUGGCUUUGGAGCGAUCGCAUGGCGCGUCAGACUGGGAACGAGCUAUCAUUCAUGCGCAUGCGAAGCGAUACCCGAAUGAUGAUCCCAACCGUGAUCUUCUUGCAUGCAGUAUAGCAUAUGCCAAUGAAAUGAGGGAUGUCCAUAUCAAUUUUGGAUGUGACGACUUUGAUAUUAUCACUCUUUUCGCUGAUUCGUUGAUGAACUGUGCUCCUCGAAAGUUGUACGAUGCUUCUACCGGUCUGCCGAUAGCAGCGUCUCCUGUCUUUGAAGUUAAGGACUUGCUUGAGAAAGCGCUCAAAAUGCCUGGAGUAGAAAGCCAUCCAGGCCCGGCUCACAUGUAUAUCCACUUGAUGGAGAUGUCGUUGACUCCUGAGGCUGCUCUGCCUGCAGCGGACAUGAUCCGUGACAUUUUUCCCGAUACGGGUCAUACAUUCCACAUGCCGGCUCAUAUCGAUGUCCUUGUGGGUGACUACCGACGUGCUGUUGAAUACAACUACAAAGCUACAGUGGCGGAUGACAAGUACUUCAAACUCAAGGGUGGCUUGACAUUCUACAGUUAUUACCGUCUACACGAUUACCAUUCUCUGAUUUAUGCUGCUAUGUUGGGAGGAAAGUCUAAAGCCGCUUUAUCUGCAACAACCCGAAUGGAGGCUACAAUCACAGAGGAAAUUCUUCGCGUGACAACACCUGCCCUGGCGGACUGGAUGGAGUUUUUCAAUGCUGUGAGGGUUCAUGUCUUAAUCCGCUUCGGUAUGUGGGAGGAACUCAAACAAUUGCACUCGCUCGAGGAUAAGGAAUUAUAUUGCGUUACAAAUGUGAUGCGACAUUAUGGAAAGGGUAUCGCAUAUGCAGCCACGGCAAAUCUCGAGGAAGCUGACAAGGAGAGGGAGUUAUUCAAAAAAGCCUCUAAGCUGGUCCCGCCUACGAGACUCGACUUUCCUAAUAAGAUCACCGUCAUUUUGGAUGUGGCAUCUGCUAUGCUCGAUGGGGAGAUUGAAUACAGGCGGGGGAAUUAUGAAGUCGCGUUCAAGAGACUACGGGACGCGAUCAAGUACGAGGAUGAACUUCCUUUUGCGGAGCCAUGGGGUUGGAUGCUUCCAGCACGACAUGCUUUUGCAGCUUUAUCAUUAGAGCAAGGAAGAGUGGAACAAGCUACGCAGGCCUAUGCUGAGGAUCUGGGCUUGAUUCCUACACCAGGACGCUCUCACCAGCACCCGAACAAUGUUUGGGCACUUCAGGGCUAUCAUGAGUGUCUUCAGCUUUUAGGCCGUUAUCAGGAGGCUACCAUCAUAAAGAAACAACUUUCCUGGGCAUUGGCUGAGGCGGAUGUUGAGAUUAAGUCUUCAUGCUUUUGUCGACUUGGAAACCCCUCCACUGGGAAGGUUGCAGCGAACGGAUGUCAGAGCAAAGUUUCAAAGUGUCAUAGCUAG